GGAACUCGUUUGGGGAAAAGAUGGUGUUAUUAUUUCCUCAGUUAAACGCUUAUUCGCCCGUCUUCUCCGCCGCCGUCCACUCAGAGCACCGCCGUCCUCCGCCGGCGGAAUUGAGGACUCUCUUCAGAAGUUAUCGUCUAAUUCCAUUCAUUCACUUCGCUGUCACUCCUUCGGAAUUUGAUCGCUUUUGCGCCUCUGCACUUUUGCUCCACAAAUAAAGUUAAAAAUAGAGAAGCCAUUGGCCUACAUGUGCAGUGUGAUGCUAUGUUGGAAAAACUAGCCGCUUCAAAAAUUAGGGCAGCUGCAAGCCUGCAACCAUCGGGACUGAGGAUCAUAUACUGUAGCACAUGACUGGAGUAUUGGAUAAGAUACAAGAACCAUCAAUCAGUAUGGACGACUUCGACAUUGAACUUGAUGAGAUGGAAUUAGUAGCAGUAGCUGCAGGUUACCAUUAUUAUAAUAGCCUUAUGAAGCAGCCAGCUCGCAGCUUGUCACCAAAAGGAUUUUUCAUGGCCGAGCUACUGAGUGGCCCUGAUGAUUUAUGGCGGGAAAUGUAUAGGAUGGACAAACAUGUCUUUCAUAAAUUGAGCGACACUCUUCGACAGAGAGACAUGCUGCGUGACACACCUGGUGUCGUGAUAGAGGAACAAUUGGCUAUAUUCCUGAAUAUUGUUGGUCACAAUGAGCGUAACCGAGUAAUACAAGAACGGUAUCAGCAUUCUGGAGAGACAAUUAGUAGGCAUUUUAAUAAUGUACUGAAAGCAAUUAAGUCUCUGUCAAGUGAGUUCCUCCAACCACCAUCUCUCACUACCCCAACAGAGAUCCACAAAAGCAAUAGAUUAUACCCGUACUUUGAGGACUGCAUUGGAGUUAUAGAUGGAAUGCAUAUUCCCGCACAUGUUCCAGCGAAAGAUCAGUCCAGAUUUCGCAACAGAAGAGGCGUUUUAUCACAAAAUGUCUUGGUAGCCUGUACAUUUGAUCUCCAGUUCAUAUUUGUGUAUCCUGGCUGGGAAGGCUCUGCUGCAGAUUCACGUGUGCUAAGAGCCGUUCUCAGUGAUCCGGAUCAGAACUUCCCCAAAGUUCCCGAAGGUAAAUAUUACCUUGUUGAUAUGGGAUACGAUAACAUGGAUGGAUUUAUGGCUCCAUACAAAGGAGUCCGCUAUCACCUUCACGAAUAUCGAGGUGCUAAUCUCUUACCUAGGAAUGCUAAAGAACUAUUCAAUCACCGCCAUGCAUCUGUAAGCAACGCGAUCAGGAGAUCUUGCAGUGUUCUAAAGGAAAGAUUCCCGAUUCUCAAACUUGCCCCUCAAUACGCUUUCCACAUACAGAGGGACAUUGUUAUAGCUGCAUGCGUGAUACACAAUCAUAUCCGGCGCGAGGAGGAGAACGAUUGGUUGUUCCAUAGCAAUGAAAUCCCGGCCGAUGAGUCCCCUGAUCUCGACGAACAGCCUGAUCUGCAAUCGCCUUUCUCCGUUCACGAGCAGAUGGCAUCAGAACGACGAGACACAAUUGCUGGAAUGAUGUGGAAUGACUUUAUGAAUAAGUGUGACGAGUGGUGACGAGCAGCAGAUGGUGUGUUGGAAAGUGAUGUUCAAUCCCAGCCCAUGUUCAUAGCAGAGGUAUGUUAAAAAUUUGUAGUAGAUCAGUGAUGAUUGCUUUUCAGUUAUGGUUUUGAGAGUUUUUCAGUGUUUAAAGUUGCAUAUUGCUUAAGGUGGAAUUUACUUUCUCUUUCUUCUUUUGUUCAGGAAGAUGCUACACUUAGAUAGAUGCCCAUCCACUUUAUAUGCAUCUGAACUUUGUUUCUUUAUACUGAUAGAGUAAUCUAUUUAUCUCUUUUCAUGGGGUAGUCUUGCGUGAGACGGGUCAAGAUUCGGAUUUGAGCUCGCGUUUCAACAUGUUUGUAUGUGCGAACAUUGUCGGAUAUGUGUUUGAAUCUGGAUCUGAACUUAUCAUGGUGAAACGGUCUCACCUGAGUUUGUUUUUAGUUAUUCGUCAAGUCAUGAUUGAUCAUAUACUCCCUCCGUCAUUGGUGAGACAGUCUCAUUUUAUCAUUUUGAUCUGCCCGUAAUGAAUUGUCUCA